GCGAUGCAUUUGCACAUCAAUUGUCAUUUAGUAUUCGUUGAGAAUUGUUGAAAUGAGGCUUUUAUUUGUUUUCUGCGUGGCCGCAGUUGUAGUGGCCAUGUGUUAUGCUGGCGAACCUAAAAAACCGGCCAAACAGAGUGGCGAUGGUGCACCGGGUGCGCCGGGCAAGAAUGGUGGAGGCGGCGGUGGUGGUGAUGGAGGAAACGGAGGUGGUGGCGGAAAUGGUGGUGGUGGUGACGGAGGUGGCGGCGGUGGCAACGGAGGUGGUGGCGGAAAUGGUGGCGGUGGUAACGGAGGUGGUGGCGGAAAUGGCGGCGGUGGAAACGGAGGCGAUGGUGGCAAAGGUGGAGAGGAUGGCGCUCCUGGUGCUCCAGGAGCUCCAGGUCACUAAUUCUGUUUUCGUGAAUAAAUUCCUUUGAAUAUUGAUAAGUAUGCGUAAGUAUUAUUGGAAAUGUUUGGUACCAAACAAGUCAAUCGCGUACGACCGCUUAACCUAUUUUACUGACAAUGAUAUUUACCUAUGUACCUAAGGCUUGUUUUCACUAUGUCUAAUUCAAUGACAUUUGUCACCAAAUAAAUGGAAACACAUUGUAAAAUAGGACUAAA